CACGAGAGGAUAAAAACAGAUUACGUCGAUGCACUAAUGCGAUAAACAAGCAUACGCUGAUAAAAUGGUGAGCUGUAAAGCUGCUUUUAGUGCGUGCCAGUGGGGCGCAUGAAUGCAUUUAUGAUUUGUUCUACUCUUAUAUUACUUUAUGUUGACUCCUUGCUAUUCUUCCUUCUACAGACAUUAUUCAGCGCAUAUCAGCAAUCCAGUAUACAGCUCGCUGAGCUGAAUUAUUCCGACUCUGCCACCGCGCUCCGGGACAACUUGAGAGGCGAGCGGCAAGUGAGGGAGGGGCUGGAGGAGCUGUGGGCCACCUUGAAGCCCCAGCCGCCCUCUUCUUUUGCCGCUCGCCUUCUCGGCAAUGUACCAUUCGGCAACUUGAUUGCCAGAAAGCUUAACCCCCUGCAAGGCGCUGCUAAGCGGCCACGUCGCUUGCUACACGUGCCAGGGCCAAGCGUCGCACCGGCCUCAACCGUUGGCGCCAGCGACGACGUCAACGUCCCAGGUGUCGCUGGCGCCGACAGCGCCGAGGCGCCCUCCUCGAGCGAUGUGAGUUGAAAUUCGAUGCAGAUGAAAAUGAUUCUACU